CAGGACUUUGUCAUAACGAAAGUAACAUUUCAGUCAAUUUGAGUUGUUACAGGUCAUCUAAUGCGAAUACAUCACAAAGCGAUCGCAUAGUGCAAAAUAACAACAUGAAUUGCGAACCACCAGAAAAUUCAUGUGGUUUUUAUUUAAAAAAGAAACGUAGAUUUUGCAAAUUUAGGCCAAAUAUGGGACACAAGUUUUGCUCAGAACAUUCAUUUGUUAUGGGAGUUCAGUUGGAAAGAAAACGAAUACCAUGUCCAUUGGAUCCUAAGCAUACAUGCUACGAACAUAAAUUAAGUAAACACUUGAAGAAAUGUAAUGAAAAUCAAAAACAACAAAACAGAUCUGUUUUCUACAGCGAGGGCAUUAAUGCUGGUAAUGAUGAAGGAGACCAUGUGCCAGAUACAAAGGUUACAGUACAAAAUGUCUCAGAAGAAUCUCUCAUGCAUAUGAUUGAAAAAGUUAACAGACUCUAUGAAGAGCAUAUUAGUAAGCUGGAGAGUGAAGUAUUAACUCACAGUUGUUUGAGAGAAGAACUUGAGAAUCCUACCUUUGGCAUCCCAGCACUGAGACACAGAAAACAACAGGCAUCGAUAAUAGGACAUUUGGAUAAGCUUGGAUUGCUUAAAGAUGGAAACUGCUUUGUUGAACUUGGAGCUGGAAAAGGUCAGCUAUCACACUGGGUCCAGAAAGCACUUGAUAAAGCAAAUGAUGUGGCAUUUAUACUUGUUGACAAAGGAAAUGUUCGGAACAAGUUUGACCUUCAACAUCGAGAAGGUGAAGGUCCAGUCUUUGAAAGGUUGCGCAUCGACAUUGAGCAUUUAAAUCUAGGAAAACAUCUGACUGUGAGCGAGAGUGCGAGACCAGUUGUUGCCAUGGGUAAACAUUUAUGUGGAGCUGCUACAGAUUUAUCACUACGGUGUCUUUUAGAAACCAUGCAACCUCCGGAUGAUGACAGUGAGGAAUCUGCUGUUAAAAAGCCAAAAUUAGAAAAGAGCAGCCAUUUAAUGGCUCCAGCAGGCAUCGUGAUAGCUCUGUGUUGUCAUCACCGGUGCACAUGGCGUGCAUAUGUUGGAAAACACUUUAUGAGACAAUGUGGAUUUUCUAGUCGUGAUUUUCAACUGCUUACAAGCAUGAGCAGCUGGGCAACUUGUACAUGGAAAGGAUGGAAAACUUUAGGUGCAAAAACAGAUGAAAAGAUAGAAAAUGGUUCCGUUUCAAAUGAUUUAAAAGCUGAUCCAGAGGAACAUGUCAUUGAUGUAGCUUCAAGUCAUCAUCCUGAGCUUCGACUGUCUGAGGAAGACCGGGAGAAGGUUGGCAGGAAGUGUAAGAGAUUGAUAGACUACGGGCGAGUGAAAUAUCUGCUUGAUCACAACAUGGACGGAUACCUUAGACAGUACAUUGAUCAACAGUUGACACCGGAAAAUAUCAUCUUAAUAGCUCGUCAGGCUGGGAAUAAUUAGUCUUCACCAUACGUCACAUGUCAGACAUUUCAUAUACUGGCAGCUGUUCUAAUGGUUUAAUACAAUAUUGUAAAACUACAAUUAUUAGGCAUUAUAUAUAUUAUGGUGACAAAGAGAAAAAUAAAGAAUGUUUUGGAAAA